AGUUUCUAGGGCGUUUGAAAAUGAUAUUUGGCUCCUAUUUAUUUCAAGUUGCUCAAUGACCCGAAAGCUUAUAAAAAUGCAAAACAAAUCGACGUGGCUGGAGUGACGAAAUUUAUUAUAGUUCGAUAUUCCAUUUGCAGACGUUUGACAAGCAGAGUUUAGAUAAAAUGUCAGAUUCAGAUGAUGAUGCUGCAUAUGCCAGUGCUGAUGAAGGAGAAGAAACAAAGCAAAAUCCAUCAAAGGGAGAUAAAUCUACAAAGUCUGAUACAGAUAAAGGGGAUAAAGCAACAAAGUCUGUAGGAAAGGGAGACAACCAGAAACAAGCUUCAAAAACUAAUCCUAAAGGUGAAAAGGAUGCUACUGACAAAACAAAAAAUCCUGAAGUACCACAACAGAAAGGAGCAACUGGGAAAGGAAAGAAAAAGGGAAAACAGGCCAAAAAAAAUAAUAAGAGCACGGAAAAACAUGAAACAAAAGAAGCUGAAAGUAAAAAGUCUGAGAAAAGUGAAGCAACAGUGAAAGAGGAAGAGAAACCAGAAAGCAAAAAAUCUGACAUAGAAAACCAGGAAGAGAAAACAGCAGAUACUACACAAGUUGAAGAAAAAAAAGAACCAGAAAAGAACGAAGAGUUGUCAACAGCCGGUGCAAAUUUCCCUGAGAAAACAGAAAGCAUUGUAAAGUCACCUUCUGGGCAGAACAUACAGAGGGAAGGAUCUGGAGAAGGAUCAGAGAAGCCGGACAUUAAAUCUGUUCUGGAUCAACUGGCAGAUGAUGAUGAUAAUGAUGAAGAAAAAGAGGAAGAAGAUCAAAAGUCUAGUAGUUGGAAUAUUGGAGGAUGGGGUUCUAGCAUCAUGAAUGUAGCACAGACAUCAGUUUCAACAUUUACAAAUCAAGUUGGAGAAGGUUUCAAUACAAUUAUGGAUACAAUGGAGAAUACAUUGGGUGCUAUACCACCUGAACAACUGGCUUACAUGAAAUCUGAUAAAAAAGAAGAUGAAGCUCUGGAAUCUCAUGAUGUAGCUCAUACUAUGACAUCUUCUGAAUCAUCUUCAAAGGAAAUUACAGAGCAGCCAAAAUCUGUAGAACCAGGAGAAGAGAAGAAAGCUGAGGUAGAGUGUGAAGAUAAAAAGGCAGAGAAAGCUGAAGAGGCAAAAGAGGAUACAGCUUCAGGAGGAGGAGGGGGAUGGUUCUCAUCAUGGGGAAUGUCAAGUUUAAAGGAUGCUGUGGCAAAGACCUCUAACAUUGUACAGAGUACAAGCAAAAAUCUAGUGACAGGAAGCAUGGAUGUGUUAGAAACAGUUGGCAAGAAGGCAUUUGAUUUUAUUGAAGAUCAUGACCCAGGAAUACACAGAUCCAAAGUAUUACUUGAAAGGGGAGAUAAACCAAACCUGUCUUCGGUUUUAAAAGAGGCAAAAGAGGAGUCAGAAUAUAAAGCAGAAAUGGAGAAAGAGUCAGAGGAGGCAAGAAAGUCUCACUUUGGGUAUUUGUUUGAUGAAUUUCAAGGAAUUUCUCAUUUAGAAGCUCUAGAGAUUUUAUCCAACCAGUGUGAGAAAAAAGUUCAAAUAUUGUUAACAUCACUGCCUGCAGAAACACUGUCGUCCAUCAAAUCACAACUCAUUGAAAUAAAACAGAUCUUUGAACAUGAAAAUGAAGAUGAUGAUGAUGAUGAGGAGCAGGAACAUGAAUUUAUAAAAGUGAUGACAGAAUUACUGACAGAUCUCCAUCUGGGGACAACACCUAAUAAAAUUAAUAAGGUUCAAGAAAAUAUCAGAAGAGUAAUAACAGAUUUUUAUGAAAAACAGGAGAAAGGUGAAAAAGUAGAGCCAAAAUUAAUGCACCAGAAAUCUAUACAGUCAUUAGCAGAGUUAACUUCAAAAGCCAUGGAACAGUUUCAUAAAGCAGGGGAACUCAUUCUUAUCCAGAAGGACUCUGACAAAAACUUCAUUGAAAGAGCGAAAUGUUUACUUAGUAUCAACAAACUGCUGAGCACAGAAGUGUCUAUCUUGUCAACAAAAUUCUCACACUGCCUUAACAAAUUAGGGGAAGAUAUGGAAAACGAUAUUAGUAUUAACCAGAUGGUCACAAAUGUCUAUUUAGAGGCAUCAAACAGCAGCACAUAUAUCCAUGAUGGCUUCCAACUCUUAUUGCCUUGUUUACAACAGGCAGCUAUUGAAAAUACUCCAGGCAUUGCAGAAUGAGGGACAACACUUCCUAAAAUCUAAAAAUAUUCAAGGGAAAUUCCAGAUGUUGAAUGCAUCAGCAUUUUGGAUUUGACCCAUGUGCAAUAUGAUUUAAAAUCAUGGAAUUCUGCAGUUCAAGAAAAAGAUCUCAAAGAACUUUAAAAAAUUGCUGUGUUGUAAAAUAUAUCUGUGAUAAUGACCAAAAUAAAGCAAUAAAAUGACAAAGACAGAAGAAAAAUAUAAAAGAAGAAAAUAUUAUAUUAAUUGAAGCUUUGGUUAUCAGUAGAGUAUUUUGAUAUUAUACAAUUAACAAGGUUAUCUCUAUCCUGUAGAGGUAAUACAGUUGAAAAUACAAGAUGUAAAAACAAUUUUAUGAUGGCAAGACUACGAAUUUGUUUAAAUGGGUUUUAAAUAGUGUCAUUAUCUACAAUAAUCAUGUAUACUUUAAAUUCAGAAAAUGGUGGGAUGGUUUUAUAUUGUGAAAGUUUUGACAGAAUUCAAAUUGUAUAAUUCAAAAUUCAGGUUUUUCUUUAUAAAAAAUCAUAUCUAAGUCACAUUAAUUAAUUUAACAUUUACAUUAAUAUCUAAAUUUAUGUUCCGGUACAUUAUUGAACUUGAAAAAUAAAACAAAGGAAAAAAAAUCUAAUCUUUAGCUGAUUUGAAUAACAAUUUUUGAUUGAUGGUCAAUAAAUAUUCAUUAUUAAUUUUAUAAAAAUGUGAAGAAGUAAUUAUUACAAAAAUAUACAGGAAAUAUCAGAGUAAUCCUUGAGUUAACUUUAAUGAAAUUGCAUUUAAAUAUUUUCCAUUACUGCACCACCUACUUAAUAUACCACAUCAUGUAAAUCAUUUGCUGAAAUCAUAUUGAAACUUAUUAUAUUGUUAUGUAUUUUAAAUGAUAUAUUUUGUUGAAGGUUUUCCCUACCCCAGUAUAUUAAGUUCCAUGUAUUUAUAUGGGUAUUAGGUUAUUUAAUUAUUUGUUAAGAAUUUGAAUUUAUUAACUGUUUCAAUUGAACUGUGCUUGGAACCAGGAAAUAUUUGAAGUGCCUCAGUGGCUCAGUGGUGUCAGCAGUUCAUCAGUGAUCACUUGCCUGUUAACUCCUUAGGUUGUGAGUUCAAACCCUGUUCAUCGAUUGCUUGUUACCUGUUAAAUGUCAGUGGUUCUCUCUGAGUACUCCAGCAUCCUCCACUGAUAAAAGCUGGUCCCCAUUAUAUAACCAUGGUUGCUGAAAGGGGUAUUUAACACCAAUAAACUGACAAACAGGAAACAUUUUAGUUCUGAAAUGAUUUGAACAUGCAGUGUUCCAUCAAAAAUAUAUAUUUUGUAACAUUUUGAAAAUAAGUUCCUGUUUUGAAAUUCAAAACAAAAUCCACAUGAGGUAAGGAGAAAAAGUGAAAUCCACUCUCCAGUAUCUUUUAUUUUCAGUCGACCUUUUGAAAGUGAACUUUUACAAUAUGGCUAUUAUGAAGUUUAAUAGAAAUAAUUGUGUAUACUAUCCAAUAUAUGCUUAAACUUAAAUGUUGUAGCAGUUUCUCCUGCACUUGUAUGACAUCUUUAUUUUAAUUUGUGCUGAUAUCAUAUCCCCCCCCCCC